UAUUAUGCUUGAGAAUGGUGCUAUAAUUUAGUUUCAGAUUUUCUUCUCGUUGAUAAGUUACACUCGUCUUAUGCGCCGUAUUCAAGUAAAGGAUAAUGGGGAUCAAGUGGCAUGCACACUGUAUUUUACAUCUACUAUUCUUUAUUUUAAAUUUUCAAACAAAUAAUGCUGCAGUGAAGCGGAGUAUAGAUAUGUCCGCUGCGUACUCCCUCAAUACAGAUGAUCGUUUACCAAAAAGUGUGUUACCAAUCAGCUAUGAAAUUCACUUAGAGCCUAACUAUGAAGAGUGCACAUUCAGCGGACUUAUCAAAAUAAAAUUGAGCUGGGCUGCAGAUUCGAAAAAGAUUUCGUUGCAUGCUCAUCAUGACUUAAACAUUAAUGACAGAAAAAUUAAGAUGCACAAAAUUAACCAGAAAUACGGUGAUGAAAAUUCUACAGACUAUGUGGCGGUGCUGAGAGGCAGUCGAAUUCCAAAAAAAAAUAUUUAUGUAGUAUACCUAAAAGAAACAAUUAUGCAAGGUACCGAGUGUAUUUUGGAAAUACCUUUUGAUGGAAACAUUUGGAGUAGUGCGGAGGGGUUUUUCACAGGAUCCUAUGAGAACACAACAUAUUUUGCUACUAACCUGCGAUUAAAUAAUGCACAUCGCUUAUUUCCCUGCUUUGAUGAGCCCGGAUUCAAGGUACCGUUUAUUUUCUCAAUUACAAGACCGAAAGAAUUGGUUGCGCUCUUUAAUACACCUUUAAAUCAAAGCACCGAGCACCCAAAAUUAAAUGAAUAUGUUAUCGACUUUUUUUGAAAAAACGCCACCAAUGUCAACAUUCACAUUUGGAUUUUUCAUAUCAGCCCUUCAACUAUACAAGAAUACAAAUAUCACGACGUCCUCUCAACCUAUUAUUCAGAUGUGGACUUUGAAAGACGACGAAAAUCAAUUAGAGGAAACGUAUAUAAAGAUUGUCACUAUUUAUAACAAAAUUAAACAUUAUUUUGGGACACAUAUUCCCCUAUCGAAAAUUGAUGUGGUUUGCAUACCUGACUUGCCUCUAGCCCGACCUGUGGAUAAUUGGGGAUUGUUACUU